UGGCAACAAUGUUUUCGUAUCCCAGGAAACGCUAUGUGGAUAAAGCAUCCAACAGAAAUGAAUUGUAGUCAAACGACAAUAAAGAUGUCUAAGGAAAAAAGGCCUGUGACAGCAUUGUUUAGUUUUCCAGGUUCAGGCAACACAUGGACAAGGCACCUUAUAGAAUAUACCAGUGGUGUCGCUACCGGAUCUGUUUACUGUGCAACAAGCCUUAUACCAGUUUUCAUUGGUGAAUGUCAUGUUAAGGAUGUAAUUGUGAUAAAAUCACACGAAGGAAACAACAGGGUUAAAUUUGAAAAAGCCAUAGUUUUAAUUCGAAGUCCUUACAGAUCUAUUAUUUCAUUUUUCAAUUAUAGAUACUCAAGGGGACACAACCAAACAGGAUUUGCUUCAAAGGAUGACUUUGAAAGGUUAUUUGAAGGUUUUGCAAUUACAAAUAUUCAACAGUGGCGUGGAAACAAUCUAGGAUGGCUGCAGUUUAAAGGACCAAAAUGUGUUGUUUUUUAUGAAGAACUUUUGCAGAACACAGUCAGUGAACUGAAAAAAAUGAACAAUUUUCUAAAUGUAACGGUGGCAGAUACUACCUAUUCUUGUUUACUUAAAAACAUAGAAGGUGACUACCAUCGCAGUUACAAAUCACUGACAUUUAAUCCAAUGCAAUAUUAUACAAGAAAGCUUAAUGUAACCAUUGAGAAUGCAAUUAAACAGGUAGAAGAAAAGGUGGCAUAUGUUACCGGUAAUAAUCAUAAUAUUAAACGUUUUACUUCCGUAUUGAAAUAGAACAAAGCGAUGAAAUGUACUUGAUUCAUUUACAAUACAUUGAAUGCAUUUUGGUCAAAAGCUCUUCAACUGUUUCGAUUCUUAUUCAUCCUUGGCUUUCUGAUAUAAUUGAGCUUUGAGAGUUCCUGAUGAAGGUAAAUCAAGAAAAGCGCCUCGGACGUAUGGAAUUUUUAAAGUGUUUCUUAAUUUGUUUUGCUAUAACUGCCAAUAAUGAUUUCGCAUCGAAUUGAGACUUACCUAAAUAUAC